GGCUUACGCAUUGUAUCCCGCAGAUUUACAAAGUUUUCCCGUCUGCGAAUGCAUAUUACAUGUCUAAACUCAUAUUCUCUCCGAACCCGCGCGCCCCUGGCCAGAGCAUUCUCAUUGGUCUCGAGGCCCAUGACGCCGGAGAGUACGACAAGCAUGUCGCGCAAUAUCAGGGGACGGUCUUGGCCUGGAGCGCUACUCAAGUUUACUGUUCUCGACGAGACGCCCCACAAACGGCCCUCGAUGUCUACUGCGUCAGAGAGUCGUCCAGUGAGCAUCUUCAGCGACUUCACGAGUACAAGCGACACUGUUGUCGGUGGUGACGUACUCGAGACGCCUGUCACCGCUCCCAGCUCCGCAGUCUCGACGUUUGCGGGCUGUGAUGACGACCAUUCCGCCGACAUCCAACGAAUGCUCAUGUUGGACCCCAUCCGAGAGCGCGUGAGAGCUCAGGCCCCGGCAAACUCUCGAGUUGGUCUUGCGCGCAAUACCCUGGAGCGCCCAAGAAAUCAAGGCUCUGAUUUCUCCCCAGUAGACCACGAAGGAAGUUCAGUUGCCGAGACUGUUACCCCCCGGGUCAAUACUGGCAGAAUCCCUGAUGUUUCGACCAGCACCCGACUUUCUGCGGUCAUCCGUGAUCUCUAUGCGCAGCGCCCUCCUACAGAUCAGAACAUGGCACUGCCUUCGUCAGAGCGCAUGUCUCGUCUUCAAGAUGAUAUCGCUGCCAUGCGCGACCGCAGCAUCAGGCUCAGAGAAGCGACGGAAGCGCUCAAAGAGCAGUCGUCAGCCCUGCGGAAGCAGUCCUUCAGUGACAUGCAUGCACUGUCCUUGCCGACAUCUAAUUCCACGGUUCAUUUUGAGGACCACAUGCGCAUGCUUCCGGCGGAGCGUACACCGGCAGACAAGAUCCUUGGCGAGCACAUCACUAGCCAGACUCCGCAGCCGUCCAGACGCCCAACGGAGGAAACUAUAGAGAACUGGAGGUACUACGUCCCCGCUCAUGAGAUGGAAAUAGGGAGUAGUCAAUGGAGCGGAUCGCGGCCGCAAAGUUUCAUUAAUUCACCUGAUGAAUCUCCCGCUCUACUCGUUCCCUCUCUUCCUGCCCCUGCGCGUUCUGCCGGCAGCACGAACAGACCUCAUCACGAUCACGCUUUUGAGGAAGCCACGGAGAGAACAUACCGGCUCGGUCUGGACCUGCUUCGUCGCUCGAGCAGCUAUGCUGGGUCUUCUCAGGCCGCGCUCGAGGAUACUGCGGCUUCUAGUGACGAGGAAGACUCAGUGCCGCCGAAACGCCGAGAGCUCCCGCGCAUCUAUGUGGCACGUCAUAACGAGUCCGAGAGGGGUAGACUUCUUGAGAGGCUGAGGGUUAGUCGUCCCUUGCCACCAAGGCCUGUCUCAGUUGCACAGCCGCCACCAAGCGCCCCUGAGGUUCCUGUCGUACACAUAUGCUCGCCCUCGACAUUCAGGCCCUCCCGCAGCCCGAGUCUGGCCAGCCUCCGUUCUAGCACUCCUGCCCCAGAACCAUACCGUUACCGCAGGAGCCCUAGCGUCGAUAGCAUCGACAGACGCGGGGUCUAUCGCAGCAGAAGCCCUGAUAGCAUUUGUGACUCAGUAUUGAGAGCGGGUACUUCGACAGGUACCGUUCCACAGCCUAUGCGUUGGGCGAGCGUCAGCCCAAGCCCAAGCCGGAGGAGUCCAACCCCGCCUCCACGCGCUUACACUGCAUCGACGAUGUCGUACUUUUCGCCCCGCCUCCAGCUUUGUCUGGAUACGUCGUACCUCCGCCGCCAAUUAUCCCCAUGCCAUCCACGCACGCGACGCCCGCUACACCAUUUAUGUCCUUCACCGCAAGGCAGCCCGCAUACGGAUGGGCUGAGGAGUGCGAGAAGCUGAAGUGCCAAAUCAACGACGUUCAGACUUCCCUGGCCGAGCUGCGCCUCGAUUUCCAGCACGCCAUCAACACCAAACAGGUCGGAGCCGACGAACAGGCGCCGGCUGCGCCUCCCGCAGCGCAUGAGGCUGCUCAAAAUGCGGGCUGUGAACGCGUGGCCUCGUCCGACGAGCCUUCGACUGUAACAACGAUGUCUGGCGCACUCUCUCCCGGUGUUGUUCCAAUACGGAUCCAUGGGACGUUCUCCUCUACUGAGAAUGCCUCCGCCUCCGGUGCCGCUGCAUCGUCCGCUAUAGCCCACCCCAAGAUCUCCUGUGACGGUUGCAACGUUCGUGUGGUCGGUGUUCGCCACAAGUGCUUAGACUGUGACGAUUUCGACUUCUGCUCCAACUGCUUGAACAACCCACACAUGCGCGUUAUGCACGACUCCAAGCAUGCCUUUUUCCCCAUCGAUAUCCCGGACGACACUUCCCUGUUCCGCGAUGUUCAGUAUGGGCGUCGUGGUGUGGAACACUCGGGCACCUCAUGCGAUGCUUGCAACAAGCGGGUAUACGGCGUCCGGCACAAGUGUGUAGAGUGUGCAGAUUUCGACCUCUGCCAGAGCUGCAUAUCGCUGGCGUCGGUUCGUUCGCAGCACAAGACUAGGCAUCACUUCUUCCCCAUUGAAUAUCCUUGGGAUCACAACCCGUUCCGUGCAGUCGCGGAGGAGCUGAACACUCAAACUGUGGAAGGAGUCGUGCACCCUGCUACAUGCGACGGCUGCAACCAAAGGAUCAAGGGUGUCCGCCACAAGUGCCUCUCCUGCGCGGAUUUCGACUUCUGUUCAUCGUGCGUCGGGGAUCCCCAGAAGCGCGCGGCGCAUAACAUUGCUCAUGCUUUCUUCCCAAUCGACACCCCAUACGAUAAGCACGCCUACUUCGCUGCCCGUGCGAAGCUAGAAACGCCUUCGAAUGAGCCUGUCGUGCACUCGGACGUCGUUUGCGAUCAAUGCGACAACAUCAUCGUUGGCGCGCGGCACAAGUGUCUAGACUGUUUGAACUUCGAUUUAUGCGGAGAGUGCGUUGCGCGAGGUGCGAAGCUCAAUCACCAUGCCGCGCAUCAGUUCCUAGAAAUUACGAAGCCGGGAGAGGUUAUUGUACACACAGUACACUACGAUGGUCCCUUAAGACGUACCACGCCGCCGAGGGUCUCUACACCUCCCCAGCCAGCGGCCACAGUUCCGCCAUCCGCCGUUCAUAGUGCUGUCUGCAACUUAUGCGAUUCGACUAUCCGCGGCAAUCGCUUCAAAUGUCUCAACUGCCCCAACUUUGAUACUUGCCAGGCGUGCUUCGCAAUUACUCCUGAACAUCAUCCAGGACAUGGCUUUGUCAAAGUUAUUGAUCCCGACCACCUCAUGCUCCGCAACAUCCUUCGCUCGGACAUAGUGCAUGCGGCUAGGUGCAACGAGUGUGAUGAGGUUGUUCGUGGCACCCGCUACAAGUGUCUUCACGCCGACUGUCCGGACUACGAUCUUUGCCAGAACUGUGAAGCGCUGCCGAUCCCAGUACACCCGCUCACUCACCCGCUUGUAAGGCUCCGAAUUCCUGAGGCCGAGAUACCGUGUGUGUAUAGGCAAUCUCAGUGGCAGCCUUCAGCUAGGACCCUCGAGUCGGAGGAAAGGUGCGCCCCGAGUCCGUCGUACGUGCCGAUCCGGUGCGAGGAUACGCCCACGCCUCCUUUCACUCCUGCUAUUCCGGAGCUUCCUCAGGCACCGUCUGUUGCCCCACUCAUUCCUGCCACUUGGACGCCGUCUGGCAUUGACUGGAGGUGGAAUAUGACUCCUUCGUACCUGAUGGCCAUUCCUCAAGUGCUCCAACAUGAGGAACAGACGCCGCUUUUCGAUGCCAGCGCUCCUGGGUCCGUAUCGCCUCUUCGCAGCCCAAUACAGUGCCCUACGCACGAAUCUACCUCCUCAAGCCCCAGAAGGGAUGCCAUUCCCGCUUCUUUCGAUGAGCCAACUGCACCGCCCACGGAGAUCUCACCCGCCCAUUCCGCACGGGCAGACUCGCCUCGUAUAGCAUCGCCAGUGCCGCUGCCGCUCUCGCCCCCCUCUCGAGUCCUGAUCGACCUUGGCGAGUCGUCCACAAUGUCGAACUCGCGCGCGCACACGCCGACUAUUCCGUUAUCGCUGGGAGGGUUAUCGUCCCCCUCAGAGAACACGACUUCUCCUAUGGCGUUAAUCCAGCCUGUUCCCCAUCUCGAACCCGUCCAAGAUCAGGAAUGGCGCGAGCUUUGGCCUGAACUGACCACGAUGCUCAGACAUCUUCUCCAGCCUGUAACCCCACCCGCAGUGGAUGCGGUUCCGGUCGAACUCCAGAACAUUCCCGGUGCUAUGGCUGCGGAAGAAGCUCUAAGCGGACCUGUUGACGAGAAGGAGACCCAGACAACUGCCCAGGAGUACCAUACUGCCGCAGAGAAAUCCCCUCUUGCGGAUGAGGCGCUACUUGCUCCUCCAGCACCAACAUCGGAGAUGGUUGAGCGCUCUCGGAACAAUUUACUAGAAGCUUUGAACCGCGUCGCGCCCAUCCUACCGACUCUGCUCCCGGCUGACAUUCAUCACCAGGCUACGUUUGUGGUCGACAAUAACAUUGCCGACGGUACUGUCUUUCCGCCUGGCGCUGAGUUUGUCAAGUCUUGGGUUAUGCGCAAUGAUGGCGAGACGGCUUGGCCAGAGGAGACUACUUUGAGAUACGUUGCGGGCGACAGAAUGAUGUCGCGUGAAAGUGCGGCUGUGCGUAUGCCUGUCGGCUGUGUCCCCCCUGGUGCGGAGGCGGAACUGGUGGCUAGCGAAAUGAAGGCUCCGGACGUAUCUGGCAAGUAUGUCAGUUACUGGCGCCUUCACGACGGCAAAGAGUUUUUCGGAAGUAGCAUUUGGGUAGACAUUGUUGUCGUGGAGCCUGAUCACAGCGAGGAUCCCAGCAGCGAAGAAUCCUUGGCAGCAUCCUCGGUCAUCGUGCCACCCGCCCCAUCGGCCGGAGCUCAGACGCGCGAGUCCACUGGUGUGUCUGCAGCCGCAUCCGUGCCAUCCAGCCCUCUAUCCGAAGAUGGCUCCUUCGACUCUUCCCUGUCCCUGAUCGAUGCCCCGUCUUCACCCUCGAUUGCAUCCGCGGACGAUGUGAUCUUCCAGGACAGCCGUGAAGCCGUUGACGCGACCUCCCCGGCCGAUGUGUCCCGUGACAUGGAAUACGUCGUUUUGUAUGAUACGACUUCCUCUGAAGACUCGGAGUGAACGUGGUUUGAACAAUCUCACCUGCAUUCGUAUGGACUCUGCGUGUACAAUAUCGUCAUAUGCUCCCCGCUCUUGUUGUCUUCCUUUGGUGUUAUUGUGACUCGAAUGUGUCUCAUCGCUUCUUGUACGAAAUGCUUCUGUAACGUCGCGAAACAAUUGAUAUUAUGUCCAAUCGCGCAUGCACGUAUGCCUACUAUGCUCCAUAUGACGUGGUAUACAAUGCUUGCAGUCUCAAAGUCAAGAAGCCGAUUCCGGUGGUCUUCACCUCAUUUCCUUGGACCUGAUCCUGAGCUUUCAGUCUCCUCCCUGAUGGACGUCCGCAAUAGGAGGUCGGCGAGGACAUGACUAGCAUGCGGCAACUUGCCAGUGGCAACGUCAACUAUCUUCUCCUUGAGAGCGGCUGAGCCCUUCAGCUCAUCCCAGUGCUUAACGACGGCGAGCAUCUCGAGUUUGCGGACCUUGUCGUACCUAUAUAGGUGU